AUGAGCGGAAACCAUCAACAUCGACUACUUCAGCCACCGUCUCUUGAUUUUUCAUCAUACAAUCGAAAUGAACAUUUGAAACUCGAGGAUCAUCCUAUUCCACCUGCACUCUCCACACCAAGCUCGUAUAUUCUUUUGAAAGACCAUCGGGACGAUCCGUUUCAAGGACAUAGUCCACCUAGUAUGCCAUUCUAUAAAACAUAUUCCCUCUCCUUCUGGGCCUAUCUGCCAAAUGACGACGUUCGCCUUCGCAUUGACUUACACUCAAUGACGUCGAAGAAACGUCUAAUGUUUCAAAUUUGGUCGAAAUGCUGCUAUUCGUAUCCAGGAAAUAGAGACUCGUAUGAUCGCAAUCAAUUUCAUGCAAAACCAGGAACAUCGUUACCUGAACAUCAAACAUGGUUCCAUGUAUUGUGCGAGUACGAUGAAAGUACUUACGUGGGAUCACUCUAUAUCAAUGGUCAGAAAGUAGAGUGGGAAGACGAAGGAAGACGAACAAUAGUGGCCGAGGAAUAUCACAAAGUUAGAGAUCCUUCGGUUCAUCUCUUUUGCUUAGGCAAUGCGGUAAUACGCCUUGCCGAUGUUCGAAUGUUACCUUUUCUUCUCAUACGAGAGGAAAUUGAUGCGAUCAACGAAGGCAAAUGUUCGUUUGAUCAAAUUCAAGUUGAAUCUCUCAUCAAAGACAAAGUUCUGUCUACGCCUCAAACUUAA